AUGCUCGUCGAACCAGUAUUAAAUUCUAUGAGUUUGAAGGGGCUGGCGAUUGAUUUGGUUGCGGUGCUAGGUGUCUUGACAGUCGCCUUCGCGCUAUACAACCGACUCGUUCAUCCGCUCCGUCGAAUUCCUGGCCCUUUCCUCGCCUCUCUCACACCCUGGGUCCAGCUCUACCACGGUCUAAAAGGUGAUCGACACCUGUGGCUACAUGAUUUACACAAGAAGUACGGAACGCAUGUGCGUGUUGCGCCAAAUUUCGUCUCGGUGAAUAGCGAUCGUGGUCUGCAUGAUAUCUACGGUCAUGGCAAGCGAAUUCAGAAAGCCGAUUUCUACAAUGCGUUCCCGGCCAUUAAGGGUGUGUAUAACACGCAUAACGCCAUUGAUAAGACCAUGCACGGACGUAAGAGACGUGUACUCAGCCAAGCAUUUUCGGAAGCGGCCUUGAAGGGCAUGGAGGAUGUGAUGCUGCUGCAUGUGCGACAGCUUUGUGCCUCUCUGGCGGGUUACACCGCGAAUGAGAAUAGCCCGCCCGACUCCAAGGGUGUGGUGCGGAACAUGGGAGAUUGGUUCAGCUACCUCUCGUAUGAUGUGAUGGGAGAGCUGUGUUUCGGAAAAAGCUUCGAUAUGCUCAUUGCCGACGGAAAGAGACAUAUGAUCGGCUUGGUGGAUCGAGCCGCGAACCGGCACUAUGUGUGUGGUCUCUGGAUGCCUCUUGAUCGCUGGCAUCUCGACCAAAUCUUCAUCCGACAACUCACACAAGACCGAUGGAACUUCAUCAUGAAUUCCCGCGUGGAAGCGAACAAGCGAGCACAGGAACGAGCCUUAGCCGGCCGUGAAGCGAAAAAGGAUUUCUUCUACUACCUGCUCAACGCCAAAGACCCCGAAACAGGCAAAGGACUCACAACACCAGAGCUCUGGGGUGAAGCAAAUGUGCUCAUGAUCGCGGGCAGUGACACGACUUCCACAACACUCGCAGCCACCCUCUUCCACCUUGUCCGGUCGCCAGCAGCACGAGCCAAACUAAGCAAGGAAAUUCGUGACGCAUUUACAAACGUCGAAGAGAUCAUCAGUGGUUCAAGACUUAACGAGCUGGUAUACCUGAAAGCAUGUAUCGACGAAGCACUUCGACUUGCGCCUGCUGUACCUGGUGCUAUUCCUCGCCAGGUAAUGGAAGGCGGCGCAAUGGUUGACGGAGUCUUCCUACCUGCUGGAACGGACUGCGGUACACCUGUUUACUCCAUCCACAGACAGGAGCAGUACUACCGCUCCGCAGAAAAGUUUGUGCCCGAGCGCUGGAUUGAGGGCGCGACGUGCUCUGUAUCUGGUGCCGAAUGGACGACUACCAAGGAGGACAUUGAGGUCGCUCGUCGGGCAUUCUGCCCGUUUAGUAUCGGACCUCGUGGGUGUAUUGGAAAGAGCAUGGCUUUCAUGGAGAUGCGCCUUACAUUGGCGAGGCUGGUUUUCUUAUUUGAUAUGACAUUGGCUGAUCGCGUUGGCGAGGACGCAGGCGGCCAUUUGGCGCUCGUAGACCACUUUACCAGUGCGAAGAACGGGCCAAAUGUGGAGUUUCAAAAAGUGAUUUCAGCAUAG